AUGAUCGUACGCGGUUUAGUCAUUUUUUCAUUUUUUAUUAAUUUUCACGCGUCAGGUUUACCAACGACCGGAAAAUCAACGGAAUGCGUAAACGAACCCCUGUGGACGGUCGUGGGAAAUCACUACGUGAAAAGAGACGAUGGAAAAACAUCAUCGUGCGAUACAUUUAAAAAAGAUUUUUUAGAAGAAAGAAUUUUCCGAGAGGAAUACUAUGAUAUUUUGGCGGGAAUAAAAACAAAUUUGGAUUUUUUCGAAAUAAAUAAAAUAUUAGAUCAAAUGGUUAAAAUUUUAAAAUCUUUUCAAUAUUCAUUAACGGACGAAUUGAUGUGCACCGGAUGUUCGGCCGCCGUCAAUACUUAUCGAAUGCUAUCUGGUAAAGCUAUGAAACCGGAUGAUAUCUUAUCGUUAUUUAAUAAAAUUUGCGUUGAUUUGAAUAUAAUGACACCGAAAGUUUGUAACGGAACUUUAGAAUCCUACGGACGAACCCUAACGACGAUCGUUGACAAAACAAAUAAAACAUCUAAUCACGUGUGUCAAUUUUUACUCAAUUACAAAUGCGGAAAUGAAAAUUUUCCAGAGUCACAAUGGAACGUUACGCUACCGCCAACGAAAAAACCUCCUUUAAUGAAACCAUCUCCGGUUCCGGAUUCGGUUAAGAAAUUAAAAGUUUUACAUUUGACCGACACUCAUUGGGAUACGAAAUACGAAGAAGGAACUUGGGCCGAAUGUAGACUUCCGCUUUGCUGUAGAAAAGAAAACGUACUUCCGGAUGGUAAAGCGACAAAAGCUGGAAAAUACGGCGGAUGGAAAUGCGAUAUACCGGAAGAAACGUUCGAUGAUAUGUUAAGACACGUCGUCAAACAACAUCCGGAUUUGGAUUACGUUUUAUGGACGGGUGAUAUACCACCUCACGAUAUUUGGGAUCAAGGAAAAGACGACAACGUGCAAAUGUUAAAAAAAACGGUUGCAAAAUUAAAAUCAGCUUUUCCGAAAACUCCCAUUUAUCCAGCAUUGGGAAAUCACGAAUCCGUACCCCCCAAUAUGUUUCCCGUACCUGAUAAAAACGCUUUGGAAAAUCCAAUGGAUUGGUUAUAUAAAGAACUAAGCAUCGAAUGGGAAGCUUGGCUUCCGGAAAAUUCAACGGAAACCGUACGAAAAGGUGCAUUUUACACGGCACUCGUUCGUCCCGGCCUCAGAUUGGUAUCCAUGAACAUGAAUUAUUGUUAUAGUUUCAAUUGGUGGCUUUUGUUAAACAAUGUCGAUCCAUUGAACGAAUUACACUGGCUUGCAACUCUUCUCCAAGAAUCUGAAAAUAAAAAAGAAAGCGUUCACAUAAUUGGUCACGUUCCUCCCGGAAACAAAGAUUGUUUGAAAAUGUGGCAAACUAAUUAUUAUAAAAUAAUAAGCAGGUACGAAGACACGGUGACCGGUCAAUUUUUCGGACACACUCAUUACGAUAAAUUUGAAUUGUAUUACGAUGUUGCCGAUUCUAAACGACCCGUCGGCGUCGGUUACGUGGCACCAAGUUUGACUACUUACACGUAUUUAAAUCCCACGUAUAGAAUUUACCACAUCGAAGGAGACGCGAAAGGAAGCAGAAGAUUCGUCGUCGAUCACGAAACUUGGUACAUGGAUCUCGAAAAAUCAAAUCAAAUGAAAAAAUCCGAUUGGAAACUUUUAUAUUCCGCGAAAAAAGAUUUCAAAAUGGCGAAUUUAUAUCCCGCAGACUGGAAUAAAGUUUACAAUGAUAUGAAGACUUCGAACGAAACCCUUCAAUUGUUUCACAAAUUUUACUGGAACGAUUCUCCAAAAAGGCCGGCAUGUGGAAACGAAUGCAAAUUAGAAAUGCUUUGCGAAGUUCGUUCCAUCGUUUUGUUUCUUUUUUUUUUUUCUCCAGCGCACAAAAAAAUCCUAUUAUUAAAACAAUUUAUUAAAACAUACGACAAAAUAAAAAAUUAG